CCUGCGGCUCUUGCGGACGCGCUGGCACCUGGCGGACGAUCGCGGAGGCCACGGCUGGUUCAGCCGGUACUUGUUUGAGGACCACGAAGGGCAGCGAAGGGCGACGACCAUGCUGCGCUCGGUGGCGUGCACUCUGCUGCGCGGCGCCGCCACGAGGCAGCGCGCCUCUUGUCGGGCUGCCUCCUCAACGAAACGCUUUGACCACCGGGAUGCGUUCCUGCUGGACGAGCAGCUGACUGAGGAGGAGCGUCUGGUGCGAGACACGGUGCGCGACUACUGCCAGGCACGGCUGCAGCCACGUGUGCUCCUGGCCAACCGGCAUGAGACCUUCGACCGGGAGAUAAUUUAUGAGCUGGGAGAGCUGGGUGUACUGGGCAGCACCCUGCAGGGAUAUGGCUGUGCGGGCACCUCCUACGUCGCAUAUGGCCUCACUGCCCGUGAAGUUGAGAGGGUGGACAGUGGAUAUCGCUCGAUGAUGAGCGUGCAGUCCUCCUUGGUGAUGCUGCCGAUCUACCUGUUUGGCACUGAGGAGCAGAAACAGAAGUACCUGCCGAGGCUGGCACGAGGCGAGCUGCUGGGCUGCUUCGGUCUCACCGAGCCCAACCAUGGGAGCAACCCAGGGGGCCUGGAGACCCGUGCUCGGCAUGACCCUGCUGCACGCACCUACACACUCAAUGGCUCAAAGACCUGGAUCACCAACUCACCCGAAGCCGAUGUGUUUGUGGUGUGGGCCAAAUGUGAGGAGGACGGCAUCAUCCGGGCCUUCGUGCUUGAGAAGGGCACCCCGGGGCUGACAGCGCCACGCAUUGAGGGCAAGUUCUCGUUGCGUGCCUCGCCCACCGGUAUGAUCAUGAUGGAGGAUGUCAUCGUGCCUGAGGACGCCCUCUUGCCAGCAUCGCGAGGCCUCAAGUCAACAUUCCAGUGCCUGACGAGCGCCCGAUAUGGCAUCUCUUGGGGCACCCUGGGUGCAGCUGAGUUCUGCUUUGAGACAGCGCGACAGUACACUCUUGAUCGGCAACAGUUUGGGCGGCCCCUGGCAUCCAACCAGUUGGUGCAGAAGAAGCUGGCUGACAUGCUGACCGAGAUCUCUUUGGGGCUGCAGGCCUGCCUACGUGUGGGUCGCCUCUUUGACGAGGGAAGCCUCUGCCCGGAGAUGGUGUCACUCGUGAAGCGCAACUCGUGUGGUAAAGCCCUGGACAUUGCACGCACUGCCCGUGACAUGUUGGGUGGCAAUGGCAUCAGUGACGAGUACCACAUCAUCCGCCAUGUCAUGAACCUUGAAGCAGUCAACACGUAUGAAGGAACCCACGACGUGCAUGCACUGAUCCUAGGAAGAGCCAUCACAGGAAUUCAAGCAUUCUCAACAGAUUAGAUGACUGGCAAGACAUAUUUCUUGAUGAGCGCUGUGCAAUAAAGCUUAUUUUUACUCAA